AUUUCUUUUACGAUCUGUCCGUCUUCAAUUAAAAUAUUUUUACUUUUAUCCUUGGCAUUAUAUGUCAUACUCAUUAGUCAUUUGUCAAAACAAGAAUUUUGGUUACGACCAAUCAUAACAAAUUGUAAUUGGAAGAAUUUUGAUUUCUGGUAUUUAUUGUUUUGUAUGUCCUAUUAUUACUCGACAUUGGCGAAAUUACCGAUAGAUAACCGGGCGAUGCUAAAAUAUAUAAGAAGAAAGAAAACAAGCAUUUGGAAUUUUUAAAAUUGUAAGCAGGAUACGAACCUAAAUAUGAAACUACACUCAAAACAUACUAAAUAGAAUGAAGAAAGUAAAUAGCAAAAUACCAGGUAUUCUACCACCACCACCCAAAACCGAAGUCGAUGGGAAAAUUACGGAUUUGUCAUCUAAAAGUUUAUCCGAACUUCACGAACUUAAAGAGAGACAGGUUAAGUUGUUGAAUAACAAAUAUUUUAUAUCAAAACUUCCUGACAAAGGUUCUAAAAUACAGACUUUCCAUGACAAAAUUGUAAAUGAGAUUAAAGCUAAACAGGAGGAGCUUGAUACUUGUCACAUGUUCAAUAAAUUAAAUCUGAAUGAUGUUGACAAACAAAUGGUACAAGAAGUGGAAUGGACAGGGAAAUUAGAGAAGAACAAUAACACCGUUUUGGAUUCCGAUGACGAUAGUGAACCAGAAGAUAUCCUUCAUUUAUUAAGUCAAAAUACUGCAAAAGAGAAAAAACUUAAAGUGGUAAAGCCUGAUAAACCGUUAGUGAGUCCCGAGGAUCUUAUAAAAAUUGGUGAGCUCCCCCAUGUAAAAUACAUAGUUGAUAAAACAGAACACAAUCCAACACCAAAAGUAACUGGCCAGUUCAAACCAUAUAAAACCACAAAGAGUGAUGUCCACAAUCCAGAAAAAGAAAUAAAUAGAAUCAGAAGUAAAAAAUGGGAAGUAACAGCAGCUACACCACCCCCAAUCGUCCAUGGACCAGCAAAGGUGCUCUCAAUAGAGGAUAGUUUAAAAUUGCAACAAGAUUAUAAUUUAAGGUUAAAAGAAAUAAAUGCACAGCAUGCUGCGGAGAAGCUUACGGCAUUGGAAGGUAUCAAAAUGGAGAAGCUUCCAGAAGAUACUUCUAAGUUUGGCACAUACCGGGAAGCUGAUAGUGAUGAUUCUGAAGCAGACCCUGAGGGUAGUGACUUGGAUGUCCAUGAUGAGGAGCCAGAAAGAGGCGGUGUUGUUUUUACUGUCAUGAAAUAAAUAAUUCAAAGCUUGGAUAUUACACAUGAAUUCCUUGUUUAUUUGGCCAGGUACUAGUGGCAAAAAAAGUGUGAACUAAUGAUAAAAUUAAUUUAAAUUUGUUUGUGAUUUUUUCAACACUGAUGAAAUGGAAUAAUUGAUGUGCAAUUAUUAUUACAGAAAAAAAUGGGGAUGAUUUUAAUUUUUUCAUGAGAUAAACCAAAUGUGCAAAUUUUACUGUAACUUUUAGUUAUGAUAGUCUACAUGAUUUGGCUAAAUGACCAAAAUCUCAAUCAAAAUCAUGCUAUAUUGUGAACCCAAGUAAUAUUUAUUUAUACAAUGUGUUGCACCAAUAUUUUAAAUAGAAAUUAAUAAGGAAAAAUAUUUGUAAUUAGAAAUAUGUACUGUUGAUAUGUAUGUAUAAUAAUAUAUAAGUAAUAAUAUCAUUAGUAAGAACUUAUAUUCAAGUAACUAAAU